AUGGUGUCGGACCAAGAAAUAGCGGAAGGUGUGGAGACUGUUCUCCGUCAAUCAGGCCCUAACGACGUCACCUCCGUAAACGGUGUCAUUCAGCAGCUCGAGGCCAAGCUAGGGUUAGACCUGUCCCACAAGGCUGGCUUCAUUCGGGACCAGAUCAGCUUCCUCCUCCGCCCGUACGCUCAACCGCAACCCCAACACCAACCUCCGAAAGACCAUUUUGCCCUCCACACCAACCCCCAGCACCAUUACCACCACCACCCUCAAUUCCUCCCCCAACAAUUUCCUCCCCAUUUUGCCCUCCACCCCCACCACCGCGCCCCCGAGCCCCACAGCUUCCAGCAGCCGCCGCCGCCUCAGCAACUGCGGCCUCAGGCUCAGCUGCAGCCUCCCGCUGUGAAGCACGAGGCCUUGGCUCAGAAUGCCACUAAAGUCGCCCCAGAAACGCCCAAAGAGAGUGCUCCGGCUUCUGGAACCAAGAGAAGAGGUGGGCCAGGGGGUCUUAACAAAGUCUGUGGUGUCUCACCUGAGCUUCAGGCUGUUGUUGGUGAACCUGCCUUGCCGAGGACUGAGAUUGUAAAGCAGCUCUGGGCAUACAUAAGGAAGAACAACCUCCAAGAUCCAAGUAAUAAGAGAAAGAUAAUUUGUGAUGAUGCCUUGCGUGUGGUAUUUGAGACAGACUGUACUGACAUGUUCAAGAUGAAUAAGCUGCUAGCUAAACAUAUUAUACCCCUUGGACCUAACAAGGAGUCAACUCAAGCUAAACGAUUGAAGUUAGAGGCCAAGUCCACCACUGAUAGUACUGAACCUCAACCUCAACCACAACCACAACCUGGUUCCCCUACUGUAGGAAUAUCUGAAGCACUAGCUAAGUUUUUGGGCUUUGGAGGAAGGGAGAUGCUCCUAUCUGAGGCAAGAAGCCUUGUUUGGGAGUAUGUAAAGGCUAACCGUUUGGAGGAUCCUUUAAAUUCUACAGUGAUAUUAUGUGACGCAAAGCUCCACGAGCUUCUUGGAUGCGAAAGCAUUUCUGCAGUGGGGUUGCACGAGAUGUUAGAUCACUAUCACUUGUUCAAACAAUUGUGA